UUCUCCCGUAAAAAAAGUGAAAAGAUAGCGAUAACGGAAACCCUAAUCCCCAAAUCAGAAAUCUAUCCGAAUCGCUAUUUAUGUUUGUGGCUUUCUCCCCCCUCCGAUCCGAUGUCCCCCGCUUCGCCCGCCGCGCCGAUCCGACCUCCCGCCGCCGCGUUCUCUCCGCCGGGGACGCUCUCUCCGGCGCCGCCGGCUCCGCGCCAUGAGGAAGAAGCUCGACACCCGCUUCCCCGCGGAAUGAGAGUUUAACUUCAGCGGAGGUGGCUUAAUUGUCUCAAGAGAUGAUCAACUCCAGGUCUUCUGCGGUGUUCCCUAUUUUGAUCGCCUCGGAUUAAGAAGAUCAUGCAAGCAGAUGAAGAUGUCGGCAAGAUUGCUCUAGCUGUACCUGUUCUAGUUUGGAAGAUGUAGAGCAACGGUAGUCAUCUUUCUUGUUAAGAGGAGGAGCUUGCUACUGAGGUCAUCAGAGCUAAGGUGCAAAUGUUAAUCCUUUGGGCCAGGGAAACUGAGUUCAGGCUCAAUGGUCAACCAUCCAAAGCGUUGGAGCUAUUUUUGCAAGACUUAUGUGAUAGGACAUAUAAUAUCACUGUUGAAAAAGGGGUCAAAACAGUGAGUUCAUCACAUCUGAAACAGUGCAUUCAUAGUUACGAUGUGUAUGAUUUUUUGAAGAACGUUGCCAGCAAAGUUCCAGAUUUGGGUGCACCUGAUUCUAGUGUUGAUGAUAAGCUUGGCAAAAGAAGGAAACAUGGUGAGGAUGAAAGCGAGGAGGAAUCGAAGCGGACAAGAAAUGAGGCAGCAUGCCACACAAGCAACGGCAGAGGGCGUGGGAGGGGACGUGGGAGAGGUCGCCGUGCUGGGCGUGGAGCUGAGAGGGAGAUUGAACACCAUGAAUUAGGUUGUGCCCAAUUUAGCAAACCAGGCCACCUGAAGGUAGAGAUUGGAGACGGGGUUUUGGACACAAGUGAAACCAAAGAGCACACCCCUUUGAGCAAUGCCAGGGCCUCCUUAAGGAACAUUGACUUGAACUUAGAUCUUGCUGACUACGAGGAGGAUACAGUGGCGCCGCAAGUCCAGCCUUCAGCUCCUGUGGUGACCGUGGCGCCGCAAGUCCAGACUUCAGGACCAUCGGUUUCACAGUUGAAAGAAGAAGUGGCGACCAAGGAUUUCCUGGGCUGGCAAAUGCCUGAGAUGAACAAGAUGGCCAUGGACCCGGUGCAGUUUGCGCUGUCGUCAAACCAUAGAUUAGAGGAGGACGAAGACUAUGACAAUGAAGAAUGAUGUGACUCUAGCGUGGAUUUAGUUUGAGAAGCUGAUAGGUAGACAUGACAUGAUGUACAUCCUAGCAGGCCCAGCUUGACAAUGUAGUAGCAAUUCUCUUGUAGUAUGUGUACCCGCAGAUGCUGCAGAAGUAAUUUAGGAUGUGACAUAUGUUGAUUGCUCAAUAGCCAGUAGUAGCUAGUAUCUUGUGUAGCAACUAUAUAGUGUAGCGACUAUAUAACUAGACAUGUUCGCCGGUUGUAAAUCAUGGUUGCUUUUAGAUCAAAUGCUAUGUCAUAAUGCUUAUGUUA